AUGGCAGGACCAACCUGCUUGCCGGUGGAGACCGUCGAGAAUAAGAAUGGUAAUCAAUGGGCGUUUUGUCCCUCGUUGCCCGCAGCCAUUCUGUUUACAGUAUUGUUCGCCAUUGUAUCUGCAGUUCAUAUCUUCCUGGCUCGUAAAUAUCGAACCACGUUUGCUUGGGCGAUUAUCAUGGCUGCCUUGUGGGAAUUCCUCUCUUUCGCUAUACGCAUUGGAUCGAUUUACAACCCAACCUCACGAGGAAUAUAUAUUCCGCAAUUCCUUCUCUUCCUUCUGGCGCCAUUGUGGGUCAAUGCAUUCGACUAUAUGCUUUUAGGUCGCAUGGUAUUUCAAUAUCUGCCAGAUCAAAAAUUGUUUCGCAUCCGCGCACAGAGAAUGGCAUUGUUUUGGGUCAUCUUGGACAUUGCGUCUUUCAUCAUUCAGAUCGGUGGUGGCCUCCUCGUUGUCAGCGACGAUCCCAAGGUCCAACAGAAUGGUCUCCAUAUCUACACUGCCGGUCUUGCACUCCAAUUGUUCUUCAUUCUUGUCUUCUCUUACCUAGUGUUCGAAUUUUGGAAGCGCGUUUCUCGAGAAGGAAUGGUCGAGCAUAAAGUCGCCGCGAAAAAGCUUGUAAUCACACUGUAUUGCUCACUAACAUUGAUUUCUAUACGUAUCAUCUAUCGUCUCCUCGAGUUCGCAAGCGAUUUCAACAGUGCGCUCACCCAAGAGCUCUGGAACCACGAAGUUUAUCAAUACGCCCUCGACGCAACCCCAAUGUUCUUCGCACUCAUCGUCAUGAUCAUUGUUCACCCGGGCACAGUCCUCCCAGGCGAUCUCAGUACUUUCAAGCCUAUUUCGACUAGCAUACAGCAAUCGCAAAUGCGUGAAAAGGAUGCGCCACAAAGCAGUAGCAUAGAAGCCUAG